AUGACUGAUAAAAGCGAGGAAACUUCAUUAAAGGACUAUCAUGAGAGAUUAAAGGCCAUCUUCAAGAGGCUUAACAAGAAGUAUGAAGUGGUUGUUGAAAAGAAAAAAGCGAUCGAAAAGGAACGUUCGGGAAACGUAAAUCAGACCAAAGUGACAACGAAGAAGCAGGAAAAGGCAAAAGAGAAGAAACAAGGAAAGAUAAUAGAGAAAAAGAAAAAAGAGAAAACGCCAGAAAAGAAACCUGAAAAAAAGACAAGGAAGAAAAAGGAGGCGGAUUCCACUAGUGAAAGUUCUGAGUCCUCCGACUCAGACUCAGACACCUCUACUGAUAGCUCUACCGAUACCUCCACAGAUACUUCCUCCACUAGUUCUUCCUCUGAUACCUCAUCCUCAUCAAGUACCUCGUCUGAUGAAAUACAAAAGCGCAAGAAAGUUGUUGCAAAAAGCACCGACAAAACUCCACGACAAACUUCAUCCAGCACCGCAGCAAAACCGUCGAAAAUGGCUCCAGAAAAAGCGACAGUAGAACACAAAACACCUAAUACCGCAAAGAGGGAUUAUGCAGGUACCAAGACCUCGUACAUCUACGCCGAUGGCAAGUCGGAUCGUUCUCAUAGACGGCGACACUAUUAG